UCAUCGACAUCCAUGUAUCCAGAUCAUUUGUUCGAGCGAAGAUUCCGAAUGCCGAAGGAGAUGUUUUUGCGAGUGCUCGACGAUUUAACCACUCGUAAUGCCUAUUUUAGGCUGAAAUGUAACGCUGCCGGAAAGCCAGGAUUGAGCGGUAUGCAGAAAUGUGCAGCAGCAGUACGCCAGCUUGCAUAUGGAACUGCUUCGGACGCCACUGACGAUUAUAUUCAGAUCGGGGAAUCAACCGCAAAUCAAGCUCUAAAGGAAUUCUGCCGCACUGUUGUAGAAGUAUAUGGGGAACACUACCUGCGUGCACCGGACCAGCAAGAUAAGGCAAAGCUGGCACAAGAAAACGCAGAACGAGGCUUCCCAGGAAUGCUAGGCAGCAUAGAUUGCAUGCAUUGGGAGUGGAAGAAUUGCCCAGUAGCGCUUAAGGGCCAGUAUCAAGGCAAAGAUGGAAAGCCGACGGUUGUACUCGAAGCUGUCUCUAGCUACAGUUCUGCAGGAAGCUGCAAUGAUAUUAAUAUCAUCGACAACUCGCCGCUGUUGGAUAAAAUAAUAAAUGGAAACAUGCUGGAUACCCAACAAACAUCGGAAGCUAAUAGAGCACUUAUUCAACCAAAAAUUUCCUUCUUCAGCUAG